AUGGUUGAAUCAAGCUCGGAUAUUCUCAAAAAAGCAUCGUCGUCAAAUCAUGAGACAACCAUGCUACAGGGUUUGCUGAAAGGUCCUCAUGUUUCACAGGCCAGUGCGGCAAAUGCAUCAGGUUUUGAGGACUCCUGUCAUCAGAUCCCGGCAUGUCUGUGGUCAGCUCUUAUUCAUCCUUCAGGUCCAGAGCUAUUAGGUGUCACCAAGGGCACCGGUACCUGUAAAGCCCAGGCCAUCGAGAGUCAUUCGAAGUCUUCUUUGGUAUCCUUCCAAUCUCCUCUUCUUUUCUUCCUUCGACCAUGUCUCGGGCGCAUCAUGCUCGCCGUGCCCUGCACCCAGCAACACUAA